GGAACUCAUCGGGAAAGAUAUUGUUUGUCCAUACCACCCUAUAGCCAAGCCUGGAAGGAGCAACUGUGCAGUUCUAAAUAGCAACCAUUCCUACUUUGUACUUGUCGAUAAUGGCACUGUCGGGAAAUAUGGCGGAGAAAUACUUUUACGUAAAAAGCUUGAGAGGUGUAUUUCCCAGCAGAAGAUUUCAACCCGGUCAACAGCCAAGAGUCAGGGAGUUCCACUUAUCUGUGUAAUACUAGAAGGAGGAACAAACACGAUCCGUACAGUAUUAGAAUAUGUGACAGACACACCUCCUGUUCCAGUGGUUGUAUGUGAUGGCAGUGGGAGAGCAGCUGAUCUCAUUGCAUUCACCCAUAAAUAUGCUAAUGAGG